AUGCCCCCCAAGGCCGAUAAGAAGCCCGCCGCCAAGGCUCCCGCGACUGCCUCUAAGGCUCCUGAGAAGAAGGAUGCGGGCAAGAAGACUGCCGCCUCUGGCGAGAAGAAGAAGCGCACCAAGGCCCGAAAGGAGACGUACUCCUCGUACAUCUACAAGGUUUUGAAGCAAGUUCACCCCGACACCGGUAUUUCGAACCGUGCCAUGUCAAUUCUCAACUCGUUUGUCAACGAUAUUUUCGAACGAGUUGCCACCGAGGCAUCGAAGCUUGCUGCGUACAACAAGAAGUCUACCAUUUCCUCGCGCGAAAUUCAAACUUCUGUUCGACUCAUCCUCCCCGGUGAGCUUGCCAAGCACGCGGUGUCGGAAGGCACCAAAGCGGUUACCAAGUACUCCUCUUCUACGAAAUAG